AUGGUUGCUUCGUGCCCCUUGCUUACCAUUAUCACAGAGCAAAAAGACAAGGAUGUCCUCGAAUGGCUUUCUCCUCUAAACCAGUCAAGCAGACAUCAAGAUAUACGCUCCAGUCGCCUGACCGGCACUGGCACGCGAUUUCUGCAAAGUGAGCAAUAUACGUCCUGGCGGGGGGCGUCGAAUCCACAAGACGUGCUGGCCUGCUAUGGUAUCCCUGGGGCUGGGAAGACCAUCAUGACUUCCUCCGUCAUCGAUGAUCUACGCUUCAACCAAGGCAGUAGUAACGAAGAAGGGAUGGUUCGCGGUAUUGUCUACAUGUACUGCGAUUACCGAGACCACGCUCAGCAAUGUCCUGAGAGCAUAAUGGGAGCUAUUCUUCAACAGUUGCUCUCUGCGCUUUCCGAGGUCCCCGAUUAUGUGGUUGAAACUUAUGAGAAAAAGUAUCAACGAGGGCAGAUCUCGGUUGAGCUCUCAGAUAUAAUGAAAUGGAGUCACGAGGUCUAUCGUCAGUUCAAUCAGUCGUACAUAUGUGUCGAUGCCCUUGACGAGUGCUAUACUCCCAGAGACUUGUUAGAACUGCUCGCUGAAUCUACCGCUCACUGCAAGUUAUUCAUCACCUCAAGGAAGCACGUCCAAAGCACAGUUCAGCGGAUUUUCCCAGCGGCACGAACCACCAUUAUCGAAGCAGAUGCACUCGACAUUGCACGCUAUGUGGAGAAAGCGAUCGAGGAGGACCAGAAAGAGGAACCCGACCUUAUGGAUCACACUUUGAAAAUGGAAAUCUUGGAGAGGCUGAUGGCUUCAUCGAUGGGAAUGUUUUUGUUGCCGACACUCCAUAUUCAGACAAUCUUGGAAGCGCGAACCAAGAGGAAACGGCGACAGGCCCUCGAAGUUUCGCCUACAGGGCUCUAUGGCGCCUUCGAAAUGACCAUCGAGCGUGUCAAAACCCAGUCAACUGCAUCGGCCGAACAAGCAAUGGCUAUACUAAUGUGGACGUACUUGUCACAAAGACCCCUAACUGUAGACGAGGCCCGGCACGCACUUUCCAUUGAAGUCAGCCAAAACACGAUUGAUUGGGACAAUUUCCCGUCAGCUAACACGUGGCUAAAUGGUUGUAUGGGCCUUGUCGUCGUUGACUCGGAGUCAAAUACCCUACGCCUAGUCCAUUACUCUCUCCACGAAUACCUCGAAAGGCGUGAUGAUCUCUGGCAAGGCUGGCACGAGCGAUUGGCUAGAACAUGCCUUUCUUACCUUCAGUUUGAUAUUAUCACGGCUGCACCGGAUGAAGCGAAGAUGACCAAAAUGAGAGAAACGGUAAACAACGGGAGAUACUGGAAAUACAAUCUGGAAGCAAAUGUGAAGAUCAUCGCGCCGAAAGAUGAGACGCCAGAAUUCACAUUUCUGCAAUACGCGGCAAGUCAUUGGGGUCACCACGUUGCAAAGGAAACCCGUAGGACGAAAGAACUAGAAAAAGCGUGCCUGGAAUAUCUGGCUCUGCCACGACCCAAACUGUACAGGAGCCUUGCGUGCUUUUGGGCGAGGCUUGCAAGAUACCUGGACGUGGAGACCAGUCCCGACCCGACUCGGUUCGCUGAAUCAGUGUCGGAAGCCCACAUUGCUGCCGCAUUUAACGUCACCGAUAUCUUGGCUACGUCUCUUGCUGAGCCCGCCAGCAUCAACGCCCAAGAUGAAGAAGGAGGAUAUACGCCUCUGGUUUUGGCGGCGAGCUUGGGGAACUUGGCAACGGUGGAGUUGUCGCUCAAGCACAGAGAUAUCCUAGUGGACCAUAGAACCACUAAACCCAACGUCGUCCAGGGAGGCCUGUCGGCGUUGGCAGCGGCUGCUUUAUUCGGCCACGAAGCAGUGCUGAGACUACUACUGUCGUCGGAAAUGUUUGAACCUGAUGCAAAAGACGACCAUGGUCGCACCGCGCUUAUGCACGCGGCGGAAAACGGCCAUGAAAGGAUUGUCGAACUCCUGUUGGACAUGCAGGUAGACCCUGGCGCGAAAGACGACUGCUCAAGGACCGCCUUGAGCCUCGCCGCUGGGAAAGGGCACGAGCAUAUUGCACAGCGGCUGCUUCAGAGUGGACGCGUAGAUCCGCAAGGCGCAGCAGUUUGGGGACGGACGCCGCUUUAUUACGCGGUACAAGGGGGCCACCUUGGCGUUGUGAAGCUGCUCCUGGAUACACACGGGGUCGAUCCUGAUGUCGAGGAUGGAGACUGGCGGACGCCGCUAAGCUAUGCCGCGCAGCUGGGGGAAGUGGCUAUUGCAAAGGUGCUCCUGCAAUCGGGACGUGUCCGGCCAGACGCUGUGGAUGGUCGCGAUCGGACGCCAUUAAGCUACGCAGCGGACUACGGAUGCGCCGCUAUUGUGAGGAUGCUCCUGGAAACAGGUCAGGUGGAACCAGACUCCAGAAGUGCCAUGAACCACCUUCGGACGCCUCUGUUCUACGCCGCCCAGGAAGGCUUUGAGGACAUUGUCGGGAUCCUCCUACAAACCAACCGGGUGGAUCCCGAUGCGCGGGACGAGAACUCCUCCUCACCGCUGGGUGUGGCAGCGUGGCGCGGCCAUGGGAAUGUGGUACAGCUGCUGUUGGACACAGGCAGGGUCGACUUGCAUGUUCGAGAUUACUGGAAUCAUACCCCUCUGGAGAAAGCCGUCGAACGCGGCCACACCGCCGUUGUGCAGCUGCUCUCCUCAGAAUAA